CCGAAACAAAGCGGGCACCGGGCGGCCGGAGCGGAGCCGCGAGACAGAGCCGGGUCGGGCCGGGCCGGGUCGGGACCGCAGCCAUGAACUUCGCGGUAGGGCUGAAGCCGCUUCUGGCGGAGGCGCGGAGCAUGGAGAGCCUGGAGAAGCAGCUCAUCUGCCCCAUCUGCCUGGAGAUGUUCUCCAAGCCCGUGGUCAUCCUGCCCUGCCAGCACAACCUCUGCCGCAAGUGCGCCAACGACGUCUUCCAGGCCUCCAACCCUCUGUGGCAGUCGCGGGGCUCCAGCGCGGUGCCGUCGGGCGGGCGGUUCCGGUGCCCGUCCUGCCGGCACGAGGUGGUGCUGGACCGGCACGGGGUGUACGGAUUGCAGCGGAACCUGCUCGUGGAGAACAUCAUCGACAUCUACAAGCAGGAGUCGGCCCGACCCCUUCAUGCCAAGGCUGAGCAGCACCUGAUGUGCGAGGAGCACGAGGACGAGCGGAUCAACAUCUACUGCCUGCGCUGUGAGGUGCCCACCUGCUCCCUCUGCAAGGUGUUCGGGGCGCACAAGGACUGCGAGGUGGCCCCGCUGCCGGCCGUCUACCAGCGCCAGAAGGUGGGGGGACCCUGGGGUCUCGGGGGGCUGAGAGUGCCUGCACAGCCACCCUCACACCCAGCCCCUCUCCUCCAGAGCGAGCUCAGCGAUGGCAUUGCCAUGCUGGUGGCGGGGAAUGACCGGAUCCAGGCCAUCAUCACACAGAUGGAGGAGAUCUGCCACACCAUCGAGGAGAACGGCCGGCGGCAGAAGCAGCACGUGGGGCUGCGGUUUGACGCGCUCUACGGGAUCCUGGAGGAGCGCAAGAAGGAGCUGCUGCAGAGCAUCGCAGCCGAGCAGGAGGCCAAGCUGCAGCGAGUCCGUGGGCUCAUCCGCCAGUACGGAGACCACCUGGAGGCCUCCUCCAAGCUGGUGGAGUCAGCCAUCCAGGCCAUGGAGGAGCCCCAGAUGGCCCUGUACCUGCAGCACUCCAAGGAACUCCUGAAAAAGAUCACAGACAUGUCCAAGGCAUCAAUGAGCAGCCGCCCUGAGCCUGGCUAUGAGAACAUGGACCACUUCUCCAUCAACGUGGACUAUGUGGCUGAGAUGCUGAGGACCAUCGAGUUCCAGACAGAGCCCCUGGGUGAGGAUGAGGGGGAUGGACCUGGGGACGGCAGUGAGGCUGCAGCAGACGAGGACCGGCUGGACAGUCUGGAGGUGCCCGAAGCUGCUGAAGAUGUGGGGCCGAGGCAGAAGCCAGCGAGCUCUCCCCAUGGUCAGCACUGAAGUCGUGGGGUAAGGCUGCCAUACCCUCAGCUCUGGCUGUCCCUGUCACCCCCUGCCGUGGCUGUGGCCAUCCCUGGCACUCUCAGGAGAGCUCCAUCCCUUCUGUAAUUCCCCAGAUGGGCGCUGCCCCUCUCCAACAUUAAAAAUGUGUGAGGACGUGU